CUCCCUGUGGUUGUAUUUGCACUGACGUACUCCCUGACAGUAGGAGGCAAGGCAUCCACCAUAGCCCUCAUGUGGAAGAACAGCAACCUCCCUACCUCGGUGUACUUUGUCCUCCGUAAUCUCUCCUUUCUGGAGAUGUGGUACGCUAUGGGCGUUGCUCCCACAGCCAUAGGAGGCAUGCUGGGGACUAGCGAGACCAUCUCCUCCAGUGUCAGCAUCCUCCAGUUGUUCCUUCUUCUCUCCCUAGGCUCCACUGAGUGUUUUCUCCUCUCUGUCAUGGCCUAUGACCACCACUUAGCCAUGUCCUGCCCCUUGAGAUACAGCUCUGUGAUGAGCAGUGUCCUCUCUGCUCGGCUGGCACUCAGCUCCUGGCUGGGAGGCUUUCUGGCCAUCUCGCUGCUGACCUUUCUGACAUCCAGACUAACGCUAGGUGCUCCAGAUGUCCUCAAUCAUUUCCCCUGCAAUAUAGAUUCCUGCCUUGCCCUCUCUUGCAGUGACAUACGGCCCAUGGAGCUAGUGACCUUCCUUGUCUCCGUAAUUAUUGUGGUGGCCUCCUGUGUGCUCACCCUUCUGUCCUACAUGUACGUCACCCCUUCCAUGCUGAGAAUCCAGUCAGCCCAUGGCCAGGAAAAGGCUUUUUCCAUUUGCCCUGCCCAUCUCCGUGUCAUCAUGAUCUGGUACGGCUCCACCCUCUUGUAUGUCAAGCCAUCGGCUGAGAUCCUGGAUCUGAACAAACUUGCGAUUCCCUUUAACACAGUCUUAACUCCUUGUUGA